ACGCCCUGCGUACGGUGCUAUCUUUCUCUCAGAAGAGCAGCAGAAACGACUUUGCGUGGCACUAGUACUGUGUUCUCUCUGAGCUUUUUAAUCGAAUAGUGAGGCAAGGAACACGGAGGCACGCUGAGUGAGAGUGAAUGUGUGUGUGCGAGAGAGAGAGAGAAAGAGAGAAAGAGAAAGGGGUGAGUAUGUGUGUGUGUGUGUGAGUGUGAAUGUGUGACAGUCCAAUAGAGCACAGUGUUUCCAGGCAACCGGCCCAGCGACUGCUAGCGCUAGCACACUCAGUCGGCAUCGUGCUAAAUAUUUGGUAUUUCUACCAUUCCAUCAUUCCGCUCCAGUGGACGAGCAGGAUUUGUUGAAGAACCGUGCGUGUGUUGAGUCCGAGCAUAAAGUGCUAGUACUAGCGGCAGCAGUGUCCAAUAAUUUCUUUGCAACAUGCAAAACAAAUAGAAUGAUCUGCGAUAUUAUCAGGCAUUGAGGGAUCCCUUCAACUGGUUCUUGUUGGAUAUUUUUUCGGCGUUCUAUUCCCCUCUCCGCGGGUUACUUCGUCAAAAUGGGAAAGGAACAGGAACUCUUAGAAGCGUCUCGUACUGGGAAUGUGAUUCUGGUGGAAAAAUUACUGAGUGGUAAAAAAGGAUUAUUGGGCACCGCAUCUGGAUCUAUACCGCUUCCGAGCUUGCUGAGCAUCUGGCGAGGACUUAAUGUCAAUUGUACAGACAGCUCUGGUUACACCCCUUUGCACCAAGCAUCUCUGAAUGGGCACAAGGAUGUUGUACUUAAAUUGCUCCAGUAUGAAGCCUCAACCAAUGUAGCGGACAACAAAGGCUGCUUCCCUCUUCACCUGGCUGCAUGGAAAGGAGAUGUUGAUAUUGUGAAGAUCCUUAUCCACCAUGGACCAUCGUACUGCAGAGUCAAUGAGCAGAACAAUGAAAAUGAAACCGCGUUGCACUGUGCGGCUCAGUACGGGCACUCGGAAGUGGUGGCAGUUUUGCUGGAGGAACUCUCUGACCCCACCAUGAGAAACAACAGGUCUGAAACCCCUCUAGAUCUAGCAGCACUCUAUGGGCGUCUGCAGGUGGUGAAGAUGCUGGUGAACGCACACCCCAACCUCAUGAGCUGCAGCAUCAGGAAGCACACCCCUUUACACCUGGCAGCCCGCAACGGGCACAGAUCUGCUGUGCAGGUGCUGCUGGAGGCUGGCAUGGAGGUCAACUGCCAGACAGAGAAUGGAAGCGCAUUGCACGAGGCAGCCUUGUUUGGGAAGAUGGAUGUAGUUCGACUUCUGUUAGAGACAGGAAUUGAUGCCAACAUUAAGGAAUCUCAAGGAAGAACAGCUUUGGAAAUUCUGAAGGAGCUCCCCUCGCAGAAAUCCCAGGAGAUUGCAGCACUCAUUCAAGAAUAUAUGACAGAAAAAAUGGAGACAAAAAGCAUAGAAGAGCCAGUGAGACAGUGUCCUGUCCCAACACCUCGGACCUCUGUCUCUACCCCAGCAGCAUCGCCGCCUCAUGACACCAAAAAUGAAGCAGUAACAGGAGAACUGUCUAAACUAUUAAAUGAAAUAAAAAUGUGCAAAGACAAGGAGUAUUCUUUUGAAGAUUUGUGCCAAACUAUUUCAACACACUCCACGGAGAGCUUUGGUAGUGGCAAGCUUUCCAAUGAGGACGUGGGCAGGAAUGGCAGCUUGACCAAGAGGAACAAGCGACCUUCACCUCCCCUCAUCCCCCCGCCUGAAGAGGAGGAAGGAGAGAAGAGCUGUGGGCCUGUGGGCCUGUGGGAAGCAUUGACACCCUGUAAUGGCUGCAGGAAUCUGGGAUUCCCUAGUCUCUCACAGGACUCUAAGAUAAAGAAAAGUAACCAUGCAGUGGAAAUAGUGCCCUCCCCCUCAUUUGAUGUGUUCUCCCCAGUAGAAGAAGAUAACCCCUAUGAAUUCUCAGUGACAGCUGUGACCAGAAAACCUUGUUCUUUGGACAUCUCCCGCUUGUCUGCUAAAACAGAAAAUGCGCCCCAUGUUACCAUCACUGAACCCGAGCUUCGUAACCAUGGAAACAGCUCCACAGGUCCGACACCAGAUUGUUCACCUCCGUCACCAGACACUGCACUGAAAAAUAUUGAGAAAGUUAUUCGACCACAGCCCAAACAGCGCACAUCACUGAUCCCAUCCCUGGAGGUGCAUCGACUGAACCACAGCUAUGACUGCUCCGAGGUCAGCUCUUCUAUAGGCUAUGCCAGCUUCAGCACCAGCCCCCCAAUCAGCCCUGCCAACUACUCCAUUGGGUCUGUGGAAGACUGCGACUUGGCAGAGAUUCUGUGUCAGCGAGAAGCCCCAGCCGAACAGGAGCUUUCAGAGGGUCUCAUCCCUGAGCAGUUCGCAGGACUUCUGCACGGGUCUUCCCCUGCUUGUGAGUCUCCAGAAAAUCCCUACCAGCUGUACAGUAAAGUGAGAAAAUACAGCGCACCAGAGCCAAGGAGCAGCCAGAACACAAAUCUACUACAGACAGCAGAGUACAGUGCGCACUUCCUACGAACUAGCAGCGAUGCGUCUGCACUGAAAGGCACCAAAGAGUGCAAACCACAGGUCGUUUAUAGAACUAUUUUCCACACAAAAGUCAACCAGACAGAUUGCGGCACGUUUGUGACCACCAGGAAUGUGAGAAACGGGGAUCAGUGGGUAAGCAACGCUUCUGGAGGGUUUGAGGAUCGUGCUUGCACUUUAGGAAGGAUGCGGUCUGUCCCCAAAAGCAUCUUGGACCUGCAGCUCACCAGAAACAUGUCCAAGUCAGACUCCAAUCUCACCUCCUGCUCUCCUAUCGAGGAGGAAAUGAGGAACAGUCGGUGUGAGUCUGCAACAAACAAACCUAACCCCGGCAAGCUGCUGGAGAGAACGCCUUCUUUCACUGCAGAAUGGGAAGAAAUUGAUAAAAUCAUGAGCUCUAUAGGAGCUGGAAUCAACACCGGCCUGGAGGAGAUAAAAGAAGAUGUUUUGGGACCCCGGUGCCCUGCGCAGUCUGUGGGACAGUGGUUGGAUAACAUUGGGCUUGUUCAGUAUGAGAACCACCUGCUGGCUAAUGGAUUUGACAAUGUGCAGUUCAUGGGAAGCAACGUUGUUGAAGACCAGGACUUGCUUGAAAUUGGAAUCCUUAAUUCUGCACACAGACAGCGGUUUCUACAGGCAAUCCGUCUCCUCCCGAGGGUGAGACCGAUUGGAUAUGAUGGAAACAAUCCAACUUCAGUAGCAGAAUGGUUGGAAUCAAUAGAUUUGGGUGAUUACACAAAGUCCUUUCUAAUCAAUGGCUAUACGUCGAUGGACCUUGUAAAAAAGAUCUGGGAGAUUGAGCUCAUCAAUGUGCUGAAGAUAAGCCUCUUGGGACACCGAAAGCGAGUUUUGGCAUCUCUCGGAGAUAGGCUGCACGAAGAGCCGCCUCAGAAACCACCGAGAUCUAUUACCUUGAGGGAACCAAGUGGAAACCACACACCUCCCCAGCUCUCCCCAUCCCUUAGCCAAAGCACGUACACUACCGGUGGCUCGCUGGACAUCCCUCAAAUUAUCAUGCAGGCGGAUGCAAGGAGAAGACAAAAUGAAAACUACUUUGAAGAUGGCCCAAGGUCAAAGCUGGAGAGACAGAUGGCACAAGUCAGUAUGGCAGGAGAGUGGUGUGAGCCAAUUACGCUGCGACCACCUAAUGAAGCCACAUCAUCUACUCCUGUUCAGUACUGGCAGCAUCACCCAGAAAAACUCAUUUUCCAGUCAUGUGAUUAUGAAGCAUAUUACUUGGGCUCAAUGCUGGUGAAAGAGCUGCGAGGAACAGAAUCAACCCAGGAUGCCUGUGCAAAAAUGAGAAAGUCGACAGAACUGAUGAAGAAAAUUCCAACAAUUGUUCUUUCGGUUUCGUACAAAGGAGUCAAGUUCAUAGAUGCUUCAAAUAAGAAUAUAAUUGCUGAACAUGAAAUCCGAAAUAUCUCCUGUGCUGCCCAGGAUCCGGAUGAUCUCUCUACAUUCGCUUACAUCACAAAAGACUUGAAGUCCAGCCACCACUACUGCCACGUGUUCACUGCAUUUGAUGUGAAUUUAGCAUAUGAAAUCAUUUUGACGCUAGGGCAGGCUUUUGAGGUGGCCUAUCAAUUAGCCCUGCAAGCCAGAAAAAGUGGCCAUGGUUCAUCUACACUGCCAGAGAGUUUUGAGAAUAAACCAGCCAAACCCAUCCCAAAACCCCGCAUUGGCAUUCGAAAGUCAGUGGUUAUGCCCCAAACUAGCCGCUGGUCCCUGGGUCACAUUUACACCCCCCACAGACCUCCACACCCUCCUGUUCCUCCUUCACGACUUCAUCCUCACAAAGUUCAAUUUCAGCAGAUUGACCCACCAUCGAUGGAGCAAAAGAGUCACGCUAAUGUGCCGUGGAUUGUGGAACCUGGACAAGAACCAAAAAGAGGAAUCAACACUAAGUAUGAGACCACUAUUUUCUAAUAUAAACCCAUGUCUACUUCUCCUCUCUGUGUGUGCCUUUGCACUCUGAGCAGUCACAGCACAGCGCUUCCCCUGUGGAGACCUUUGACCCAGUUGAAAGGAAGCCUGCACUGUCUUGAGUGACUUCACACCAUUUUCUCUCUCCACUGCAUGAGGCCACUGUCUCUCUCCUUGACAUUCCUCCCACAGUGGCGCAGCAGUGACACUGACGCAUGAGGACUGUCCUGAGACUUCUUGAAAGGCAGUCUGUCAGAGGGCCUAAAUCAAUGCAGUUUAGAGUUGCUCAUACUUGUGAUGCAACACUUUUCCUUUUUUCCUAUUUUUUUUUUUUUUUUUCCUCGAGCCCUUGUGGGAUUUCUGAAGCCCUCUACAACUGCCUGAAUGAAAAAAAACCUUAAUGCUGCUGAGAGCUGAUAAUACUUUUAAAAGUGUUUUUACAUUCGUCGCUAGCAACACAUGCUCUACUUUAGUUUGGUUAACUGUGGUGAGACAUUGAGAAAAAUCUGAGGUUUAACUGCUUCCUUGUACUGAUCACAGUAAGAUGAACCUAACUGAACUGGUAUAAAGGGUUAUUUGCUGUAAACUAUGUAGCAAAUCUAACUUUUUUGACUGAGAUAAAUGUACAACAUGUCCUUCAAAGAGUAUUCAUUUUAAUGUGUCCCUGAUUUAAACUGUUUUUAUUGUUAUGUGAAAUUUAAGCAAAUGUAUUCUACCAGCAUAUUGUUUACUUAAUAAAAAGUUUAUUUUCAUUUCUUAUUUAAAAAAAAACAAAACAUAAAAAGUGCAUUGUGUCCUCAAAGUUUGAAUCUGGGCUUGUAUACUAUUCUAUAAACAUGACUUUUCAGAACAACACUGUGUAUAAAAGUAUAAGAACAAAAACUUAAAAAAAAAAAAGGUUCUUUUACUAUGAAGAGUUUUUGAAAAAACUUUUUGUUUUCAUUUUGAAACUCUGUAGCUUAAAAUAUCAACUGUAGCUUGCCAAAAGCUUGAUGUCCAUGUUGGAUUGAUGAAGAUGGCAGUCUUCAAAGCAGCAAGUGUGCAGCCCCCCCCCAGCUGUGGCAGUGAAUUUUCUGGAAUACACUGGAUAAGUUGUUAAAGUUUUAUAUACAAUACAGUGCCAGACGAUCAGUUCUUUAACUGUGGAUGCAGAGCAUGAAGCCAUUAAUAACUUAAUGUGUUGCACAAAGUAUUUAAAAAUGGAACUCACAGUGACUGCAGAAAAAGUUAGUUUUCAUUUUUAAAAAAUGUUUUUGAUUGAAAACAAACAGUGGACUCCUCAUUAUAUAUUGUUGGUGUCAUGGAUUAAUGAGCCUAGUGUUUACACAAUCUAUGUUUAUGAAUCUGCUUACAUAGCAGUAAGAUUGUGACAAAUUUGGAGCUGUUUUUUUUUCCUCCUUCUGAAAGAGAACAUUUCAGUCUGCUCAUUUAACCACUUUUGUCCAACCUACAGUAUCAAUACGCUUUAAUGUGGCUUGAAACCAACCAUGUAAAAUGUAUUGACACAGAAUUGAACUGUGCUAUGUGCACGAUCAAGCAUUAUGGGAGAUGGUGAAUCAUUUAAAAAAACAUUGCCAUCCAUUUAAAUAUUCAUAUUGUGAAACAUUCUAAUGUUUAAUAUAUGAUUAUUAUGAUUAUUAUUAUUAUUAUUAUUAUUAUUGUUAUUAUUAUUAUUGUGUAAUUAUGGUCUAACGGUGUCUUAAUGUUACAUUAUUUUUAUAUGAUAUGCUGAAAUCUAAGCUGGGCUUAACAAUAACAGUCAUCCAAAAAAAAAAUGAAUGUGCGGAUGGCUUAAUUAGCUUGGUUUAUAACUGAAAAUAAAAUGUAUAAUGUAUGGUUGGGCUGAACUGUACUUCAAGUCAGUUGUAAUCUUUUAAUACAGUAUUACAUUACUUGAACAAUACCCGUUCUCUUGUAGAUAUUUUGCCUAUUCAUUGUUCAUACAUGUAUGUAGUAAAUAUUGAAGUAAAUAGCUCUGGAAACAUGGUACCAAAAUUUUAAAAAAUUAAGAAAUUGUAUGAAGGAAAGUAAAUAGUGGCCUCACUGCAACUAAUAAAUGUAUAUAUGCUUGGGCUUCCAGUUAAAAGAUUUUGUAAUUUUGGUCAUUAUUUAUAUCCCUGUAAAAGCACAUGGAAUAAACCAAACUUGUACAACCAUUA